AUGCCGGAUAUGAAUGACAUCAAAUAUUGGGUUGCGCUGAACCGGGUGCCCCAGUUGGGGCCGGUCCGAUUCAAAAGGUUGGAAGCGCACUUUGGCCUAUUGGAGCACGCGUGGAAUGCCGGCUUGGCGCAACUACGCGCCGCAGGGUUGGAUGAACGACCGGCUCAGGAAAUACUCGCGGCCAGAGCCCGGGUAGACCCCGAUGCCGAGAUGGAGCGACUGGAGAAGGCAGAGUGGAUUGGCCGAGGCAUCGACGGAAUUGCGCAUCGUGCGACCUUGGAUGCCGGCGGCAGGACCAUCGCAGUGGUGGCCAACGGGUUGGACAUGGUUUAUCCGGGGGAGCACACCGAGCUUGCCCGGCAGAUCCAAGCCCACGGCGCCGUUGUCUCCGAGUAUCCGUUGGGCGUGCGGCCCGACGCCAAAGGUUUCCCACGGCGCAACCGGUUGAUCAGCGGAAUGAGCCUUGGAUCCCUGGUUGUAGAGGCCGCUGAAGGCAGCGGGGCCCGUUGGACCGUGUAUCAUGCCCUGGAGCAAGACCGAGAGGUUUUCUGUGUCCCCGGCAGUAUUUUCUCUCCGGCCAGCAGCUUUACCAACCGGAUGAUCCAGGAAGGCGCCAAGCUGGUGUCAAAUCACCGGGACGUUUUGGAAGAGCUGAAUCUGGGCGCACUUGGCCAGCCGGUUGCUGCCCGCCAGGGAGAAUUAUCCUUCGACCCGACAAAACCGGACGCGGCAAAACCGGACCCGGCAACACUGAACUCCGCAAAACCGCGUUCGAGCGAUUCGGAGAGGCCGGAGUCGGUUUACCCCCCGGCCGCAAGCGUGGAACCGCCGGACCCGGAAGAAGCGGCGAUAUUGCAACAUAUAGGGGGAGAGCCCCUGCACAUUGAUGAUUUAGGGCGCAAGGCCGGCCUGCCGAUAACGUCGGUAAGCUGCGUCUUGACCAUGCUGGAACUCAAGGGCAUGGUUAAACAGGUUGGAUGUUGCAUUACAUUCGAACUCGGGAGGUAG